UCUCACUCUCUCUCUCACUCACUCUCCCCAGUCGUUAAGUCAGAGAGCAGAGGAGGAAGGGAAGGCAGAGAGACCAGGGGAGGUCUGACGACACCAUCCCAGCUCGCCCGGCACCUAUUUUAAAUGCACAGAUUGAUAAAUGCAAGUGCACAGUCUAGCGAUUUACUGGAGGAACAUCAAGAUUUACAACCAAGCUGUCAUUCUGCAAGAGAUGUGUGCAACUUUUCCUGCCAGGACAAAAACUUAAAGGAGCUUUGGAAACAUAGCAUGUGUAAAUGUCUAGAGAAGCAGUAGCUUUCAUUGCUGGAGGUCCAAUGUAAGGAUUGAUGGCGCAUGUUCCAGGCUAACGGUGUUCUUCACCGUUGUCUGAUCCAGAUUUAAAGGGAACAUCCAGCCAAACAGAAGGAAGAAGGAGCAGCUAAAUAUACAAUAACUUAAUCCACCUGCAACUCCUACCCAGGCUGAUAUGAUGUUGUGGUACAACUUUGGCCACCACUUGCUCUCUCUGGCAGCACUUCUGGUGAUUGUAAGCUCCGGAGGAGGGGAGCAGAGGAGAGGAACGGAUAGCAGCAGCACCAGCAGCACAGGUGGCAGUAGCAGCAGUAGCAGUGGCAGUAGCAGCAGUAGUGGAGGAAGCAGUAGCAAUAAUUACAGUAACAGACGCUUUCAUAAGAUCCAACAUGGCCAGUGCACCUAUACGUUCAUCCUACCUGAGGGAGACGGAGUCAGAGGAGGCUCAUGCAGGGAGGCGAAGACCGGUAGUCCCCAGCAAAACGCCAACUCCCUCCAGAGAGACGCUCCACCACCUGAGCCAGAAUUUCCCAGCCAGAAGAUCCAGCAGCUCGAGCACAUUAUGGAGAAUUAUACCCAGUGGCUACAGAAGAUUGAGAACUACAUCAAAGAGAGCAUGAAGACGGAGAUGGCUCAACUGCAGCAGAGCGCCGUCCACAACCACACAGCAGCCAUGUUGGAAAUGGGCACCAAUCUUCUUUCUCAGACGGCUGAACAGACACGCAAGCUUACUGACGUUGAGACACAGGUUCUGAAUCAGACAUCCAGGCUCGAGAUCCAGCUGCUGGAAAAUUCCCUUUCCACUAACAAGUUGGAGAAAGACUUAAUGGUCCAGACCAAUGAGAUCAGCAAGCUGCAUGACAAGAACAGCCUCCUCGAGCAGAAGAUGUUAGAAAUGGAGAUGCGACACCGUGAAGAGCUGGAGACGCUGAAGCAGGAGAAGGGAAGUCUCCAGGUCCUGGUGGGGAGCCAGAGCGGGGUUAUCAGGGAGCUAGAAGCCCAGCUGAGCCGGGCCACAGGAAACAGCACGGCCCUGCAGAGACAGCAGCAGGAGAUGAUGGAUACUGUCCAUAACCUGCUCAACCUCUGCUCCAAAGAUGGCGUUGUACCUAAUAGUACAAAGGUUGUGGAUGAAGAGAAGAAGUUCCGUGACUGUGCUGACCUCUACCAGGCUGGCGUCCAAAAAAACGGAGUCUACACCAUCCAGAUCAACCCUCAGGAGACCAAAAAGGUGUAUUGCAACAUGGAAACAGCCGGUGGUGGAUGGACAGUCAUCCAGCGCAGAGAAGACGGCAGUGUGGACUUCCAGAGAACAUGGAAGGAGUACAAGUUGGGCUUUGGGAGCGUGUCUGCAGAGCACUGGUUAGGGAAUGAAUAUGUUUACCAGUUGACCAGCCUGAGGCAGUAUGCCCUCCGUGUAGAACUGACGGACUGGGACGGACACCAAGCCUUCUCAUUAUAUGACCGCUUCCAAAUCGGCAGUGAGAAACAAAACUACAGACUGUUCCUGAAAAGCCACAGUGGGACUGCAGGCAGACAGAGCAGUCUAGUAAUCCACGGAGCAGAUUUCAGCACUAAGGACAUGGACAAUGACAACUGCAUGUGCAAGUGUGCCCUCAUGCUCACUGGUGGUUGGUGGUUUGAUGCCUGUGGCCCAUCCAACCUUAAUGGCAUGUACUUCACCCAAGGACAACACAUAGGGAAGUUGAACGGUAUCAAGUGGCACUACUUCAAGGGCCCCAGCUACUCGCUAAGAGCCACUGUCAUGAUGAUCCGCCCCCUGGACUUCUCCUAGUCCUGUGAACUUGCAAACUUUUUAACCUACAAACGGCUAUGUAGCACAUUAGAGGGACGCUUGCUAUUUUAUCCUCUUGUCUCAUCUCAUUUCGCAGGCCAAGGGUGGGAGUCUUCCAAUGAAUCUUUUAUUCAAUCUGGUUCUUCCCCAGAUCAACUGCUCUUGCUUUGCUACUGUUGCCUCAUAACCUUUCCCCUCAAUGAACUGAAAAGCAGUCAUGGGGAAGAAGACAGAGCAAGACACGAUUCACCUGAACUCAUUUUUGUGUUAUCUCACACCUGGAAUCGGUGCGCAUUUUAAGCUUGUAUGACAAUUCAAGCAUGAUUUCCAUCCACAAAUUUCCUGGGGACCUGUGUUGUAAUGUAAAAUACAGAGAAAUUUAACUCCUAUGAAUGGAAAGCCACUGACUCUUAAACUGCAGGACAGAACUGAUCUGAAACGUUCUGAGGAGACAAAUGAGAGACAUGGCUUUUUUUUUAUGUUGCUCACAGAACGCAGCCCAUAAAUAUUACGAUUGUGAUAUAUUGUGUUUUUAGUAUUAUUUUUGUUAUCCCAACUGUAUACAAUAUCCGAAGUGAGAUGAAAUUGUCUUUUGUACUGUACAGUGUAUACUGAAUUUCUAUCUGCAUUAUGUAUGAAACACACACGCUCAGUUUUAAGGUGACCUUGAAAUGCAAGUGAUUGAUAAUAGUUAUGAGGGUCACUUGCAGUAUUAGCUGGUAAUUACACGCUGGCUGUCUUGACCGAGUGUGAUUAUUUUUAGAGUUCAAGAUGUGAGGUUAUUAUUGGAUUAGAUUCUGGACUGAGAUCCACUUGCCUUCGUCAUUGGCUGAGAAACGACUAAUACCUGCCAAGGUUCAGAUUGUGAGUGAUCACCUUACCUCUGCUCAAUAUGAAAAACAAGGACAUUAAUUCAGAUUCAUGUAAUUAGUGAUAUAUAACAAUUACCGCUAUGUGCGCCUGGGGGAAGAAAAUGCACGCAGCAUACACAACAAGUAAUAUGUAUUUUAAAAAUAAAUAGAUAUGCAGUGUAUUCCUGAGUAUAAUGAUGAAGUACCACAUUAUGAUCCUUCCAUAUUUGCAAAAGAUGUAAAUGCUUAUAUUAAGCUGGUGUCCCACAUGUACAAGACUCACAAAGAAGUUCAUAUUGCUGAAUCUUACUUCUAAAUGUAGAGGACAUUAUAAAACAACUUCAAGACCCGUCCUGUCAGUUUUAUCAUAUUCUAACCUCUUACCUUAAGACAAAGAGCAGAUCAUUAAGACAAGUUGCAUUCAAAAUAUUUUUCACAGACAUCAAUAUGACACAGUCUCAGAAUCCGGCCGGGUUCUGUUUCUCAUCAAUGCAGUUUGGGGAAAAAAAAGGAGCUUGAGUUGGAUACGAAGCAUGAAAUUAAUGAUCCCAACAAGUGAUCCGUGUGAACACAUAUUUCAUAACUUCCAGCUUAUAACAACAGAAUCUACUGUAGGGUAUUUACUAAAGGUACAUGUGGCAAGAAGAUAAAGUGUAUCUGGAACUUGUAAAACUACAAUUGACAUGUUUAUUAGCAUACUAAAAUUGUAUAAUUUAAUGUGUGUGUACGUAAAGCAGCUUUCCUGAGGAAAGCUCUUCUUUUUUCUGUUAUUACUCUGCCAGAAGUACAAUGGUGUUUUGAAGUUGAGCAUAAAACAUGGAAGUUAAGAUAAUAACCCUGGAGAAAUGUGCCUUUGAUAACUCUGCUUUUACCUCAUUAAAUUCCAGAUUUGCAGAUUUAUUUAAACAUCUUUUGUAACAUGUGGUCAGUGUUGUGUUGCUAGAUUAAAUAAAAGAGCAUGUGAUGCACUAAUGUUUUCAA